AAUUCUCAUGCCUAGCCCUUGUUAGUUUUCUGUGCUCUUAGUCCCCUGACUUGUCCCCCUAAAAGAAGUAAAUGGGGGGGGAACUAAGGAGGUGUCCUUACUGCUCCCUAGGAGGGGAUGAGUCAUAGGUGGGGGGCUGCCUCAUGCCAGGAAACAUGUCCUAGCUCCUACCCCAGGAGGCUGGGGGACAUAAAUGGGCCUUGAGGUAGAGUAAAGGAUCAGGCCGUAGGACCGUGUUGCGUGGCCCUAGUCUCAGCAGCCCCAGCAGCCCCAGCAGCCCCAGAUGACCCCUGAGGAAGCUGGCAUUGUGCCUUACCACAUGAUGACCAGGUGGGCACGGGUGAUGUUCAUGGUCCUGAUGUUGGGUAGGGUCCUGUUGGUCCCAGGGACCCCCAUCCCCACCUUCCAGCUCAUCUCUCAGAAACAUCUGGAGACAACUCCCUGCUCUGUGGCUCCAGAGAGCCCUUCAGCCACUACCACAGGGCCCUCAGCUUCCUGGAGCAACUCUAAAGCCAACCCUCACCGGGACACACAGAUCACACUCUCCCUGGAUGUCCCCAUUGGCCUCCUGCGGAUCUUACUGGAGCAGGCCCGGAACAAGGCUGCCAGGGAUCAGGCUGCCACCAAUGCCCAAAUACUAGCCCGUGUUGGCCGCCGCUGAGACUGACGAAGGGGGUCCUAAAGAUGGGGUGACUCUGGAUGACAAGUCCUGGAGGACAGCGGCAAAACUGGACAGUAUUGCAUCUAGGCAGAGCACACAGCCAGGCAUCACCAUCGUGGACCGCUGCCAUAGCUUCCGGGAAUCUGCAGUAUGUCUGUACAGCCAUAUGGUGUCUUACCAUGCUUCUGUGGCCCUCACUCUUAACUGUUUGGGCAUCCUGGACACUAGCAUGUAUGUUUGCUACAUGGAAUCUUGUUGUGUAUGACUGUGCCUGGCAGGCACAGAGCAUCUUGAUGCCAUCACAUAAAGCUCCAUCACUAAAUGUUAAGGAGAAUCAAGCCAGGAUCUCAGUGCUGUACCUGAAAGCCAUCUACGGCCAUAGGCCCGGGCCCCUCCCCCACCUGGGGCUGCUACACCAGAGACUGAUGUCAAGGCUUGUCCUGUGGUUUUGUUUUUGUUUUUCAAGACAGUCUUGCAAUGGAAACUUUGCAUGUGCUAGAACUUGCUAGUAGCAAUCCUACUGCCUCUGCCUUCUGUGUGUCAGCGUUACAAGCCUGUGUCAUCACACCUGAGGACAUGCUGGUUUUGUGUUCUGUUCGGCAGCACCCACUUACUUAGAUAUUCUUAUCAGAGACAUCUCCAGGCACUGGCACAGAUGGCCACACAGGAAAUCUGGCCCUGGUAGUUUUGCCUGUGUGUGUGUACAUGCUGAGUCCCUGCUUGAUAUGAGACUCUCUGACAGCUGUGUGUGUGACCAAAUGUUGGAAAUAGAAUAGAGGGUGCUUGACUCCCAAAUCUACACAAAAUACACACAGCCAAGCAUUGUCCUAGCCACACCUCAGCACCCCCACCAGGUCCAUGGACACAGAUGGCUCAGGGUGGAGGGUGUGGGUACUGCCAGUGCUCCCAGCCGACUCUGGGCCUUCCUUCAUGAAUUGUCCUAAGCAAAGUUGUUCGCAUCUUCCGAGCCCCAGUUCCCUCGACUGUAAAGCAGAGUGAUGCCACCAGCUUCUUGCGGCACCCAGUGACAGGGUGUACAUGAAGGUUGUGGCUGCCGGAGGCACUCGUAUAAUAAACGUCAGAUGACUGAAGGAUGGGAAGCACCCAGAUCACACAGUCAUGUGCACCCAGGCAGUGGCAUAUG